UCAUAUUUACUUUUUUUACCUCCCGAAACUGGAAGAUUACCGUGAUCUCCAUGCAUGUUUCUGGUAAAGCUUGUGAUCUACACCGAUGUGUUUCUUAGCUAUAUUAUGGGCACUAGAUAGAUAGAGAGAUAGACAGACAGACAGAUAGCUCCGGCCAGUCAGUAGCCAAAGAAUCAACUCAAACCAGCAGUAACGUUCCUUGUCAGAUUUUUCUACUUUCACUUCUGACAGCUAAUACCAUGACAGUGCUAUGUCGAGUGCCUCAAUAUGUUGAAGGGGGACUUUUAAUAAUGUGACCGGUGUCAUUCAAACAAGGGAGAGUUAUCUACGACACACCGUCUACUUGUGUUUCUAAUUACACCGUAUGAGGCGUUUAGUAACGGAUUGUCGUAAGCGCCACCCUCAGCCAUUUUCGAGUGGUGGUGCUGAGCUUUCUAUUACAACCUGUAAUAGUAGAAGGCUGAAUUCAGCAAAACGUUGGCUUCCUGCCAAUUAUGGACUCUAUUAUUUUUUAAUCCACAUAACAUCCAUUAACCAUAUUCACUUCGUCUACAAUGAUGACCUAAUCAAAGAGAUAGCAGACCCGGCUACUAAGUAGCAUUCUACUGCUAAUUGGAAAAUAUAUCUUUAUUACGUCUGUUCCACACAUGUAAACGGAGGUCUGUGAUAUCUAAGGCAAGAAACUGAACCAUAAUUAAUUAACUCUGGCAUUUGUCAACUUCAAGAAUUGCUCAUGAAUUAACAUGGAGAACAUCAAUCACUUGGACACUUCAAACACAACAGUUUUCAACAAUAUAAAUACAGUUAGAGAGACAGACAGAGAUGAGAAAGCUGGAGGGGAAAAUGUUCUUGAAUAUCACUGUGAGAUCUGUAGGAAGACGUUCUCUGCAGAACAUGAAGUUUUCAAACACAAAGAAAUACACAGGAAGGAAAAACGGUUCUGUUGUGAAAUAUAUGGGAAAUAUUUUAUCAAGAACAAUUUCUUAACAAAACAUAAACGAAUACACACUGGAGUGAAGCCUUUCCAGUGUGAAAUAUGUGGAAAAGCAUUCUUCAAUAGAUCUCACCUUGAACUUCACAAGCGUAGUCAUACAGGAGAAAAACCGUUUCACUGUGAAUUAUGCGGAAAAUCUUUUGUCUCUAAUAGUCAUUUAACAACACAUAAAAGAAUCCACACGGGGGAGAAACCCUAUCACUGUGAAAUAUGUGGGAAAUCUUUUAUCACAAAUGGAUUAUUAAAAACACAUAAAAUCACACACAAUGGAGAGAAACCGUUUCACUGUGACAUUUGUGGGAAAUUAUUCUUUAACAGUUCUCAUCUUGCAGUUCACAAACGUAGUCACACUGGAGAAAGACCAUACCACUGUGAAAUAUGUGGGAAAUUGUUUGUUUCAAAUAGUGAUUUAACCAGACACAAACGUAUACACACUAAAGAAAAACCCUAUCGUUGUGAAAUAUGUGGAAAAUCAUUUAUAUAUAAUUAUUAUUUAACAAGUCACAGAAGAAUACACACAGGAGAGAAACUAUAUCAUUGUGAAGUGUGUGGAAAGUCGUUCUCUGGUAAUUCUAGUCUUGUAGUUCACAACCGAUUACAUACAGGGGAAAAACCCUAUCCUUGCGAAAUAUGUGGGAAAGCAUUCGUUAAUAAUUCUCAUCUUGUGGUUCACAAACGUAGUCACACUGGAGAAAAACCCUAUCGUUGUGAAAUAUGUGGAAAAUCAUUUAUGACAAACAGCCACUUAAAAAGACAUGCACAAAUACACACUGGAGAGAAGCCUUUUUGAUUGGGAAACUUGAGAAAUACUUUGAGAGAUUGGCACUUCUUUCUGGAGCUGUUGCCAUCCAUCCACAUCACAGGUCCAAACCAGCACAAUCUUCUCUCUUGCACACAGCGACUAAUUCCUACAGAAGUAAAACUUUACUGACAGGAAUUUUAUUGAAAAAUAUUCUCAUUAGUAAACCAUUUUGUGAAACAUAAUGAAAUAUUUAUGGGACAAAGACAGAGAAAACGGUCACUAGAAAUAGAAGUAACAACAAAUUUGAAGAAUAGAAACAAAGAAAGGAAAGCAAUUUUUCAAUGCUUGGAAAUAAACAACUGGGCAUAAUGUUUUCAUUGACCAAUCAUUUCGUCAUCAUCAUUGUUGUCAUCAUUUUAACGACCACUUUUCUAUGCUUGUGUUGUUCAGCUGAAGUUCACCGAGGCAGAUUUUCUGUGGUCAGAUGCCCAUCCUGUUGCCAGGCCUCACCUAUUAUCAAGAAAUGUUUCCCCUUGACCAGUCAUGUUUUCAGGAAAUAACAGAAAUGAAGGACACUGCUUGUAUAUGGGUGACACAACUACCAUACUAUGUCAAGACAAACGGACACACAUUUAUAUAAACAUGAUGGGCUUCCUUCAGUUUCUGCCUAUCAGAUCCACUCACAAGUCUUUGGGUGGGUUCACUGUUGUAGACUUCACUAAUUAUCAUAAACAUGACAGAUUCCUGGGAAAUAAACAAAGAAACAUAAUUCUCUCAAUAUUCAA